ACAGUAUGAACAAAAGGGGGCCUUCCUUAUAGGGUUUUGUUUUUUUUUUGAACGAACUAUAGUUAUUUAGAAUUUUCACCCAGGGUCUCAAUAUACCUAGCGUCUGGAUUGAAUAUAUGGCAUAGGAUUUAGUUUUGUGGUUUCGAGGAUAGUGCUACCACUUUUAUUUCCCUUCUUCGCUGCGCGGCGGCUGCUGCUACUGUUUCUGUUCGCCUUCAGCAUUCGGCUUGGUUUCUCAACUGCCUAGGGUUUGUUUUAUAAUUGGGUCAAUGGAUUCUGGAAAUUGUGCCAGCAAAUGCAAAGACAAUUCUCCCAAGUUAAUUAAAAAUUCAGAUAAAGUUUGCACAGACGAAACUAAUAGGGUAAUUAUUGAUCCUUCGGCAACUACUAGAAAAGGUAAUAAGGAAUCUUCUCUAGGGCCUAUCACCCCUGAUGCGAACAGAGGAAUUGGAGAGUUCCCCUAUAAAUUUAAUUCUCCACCCACCGAACUGAAGAAAGCACAAAAUCAUCCUCACUUUGAUCCUGAUACCACCAUAAACCAAGACUCAAUGGUUUCUGUCAACCAUAGUAGUCCUAGAACCCCAAAGGAUGGUAUUUUCGACCCAUUUGCUCCUGGCCCAGAAUGCAUGGUGUUUGCUCCUUCCUACAGGAAAUAUGUUGAUGAAAUGAGGAUAACUGUUGCACGCCGCCUAAGUUUUGACAUCCCUGUUGGAACUGUGGGUUCUGUAAACCAUAGAACUGCUGCAGAUUCUAUUUCUGAUGAAGAAAUGUUUGAGUCUGUUUAUGAAAAUCUCUUGGAAGUUAUCGUUUCAAACCAAGCUGAGGGUUUUCUUACUGGAUUUUCAAAUAUAGAAUGUGAUUCUGAUGGUAGUAAGACACCCCCUUCAGUUCCUUGCCUAAAUGGGGUUUCUGAUACUUGCCCUGGUGCUCCUAUUAAACUCACUGGGAGAUCAAGGGUCAUUGAUUUGGGGUUCUGCAGAAAGCUUGAAUUCUAAAACUACACUUAAUGACAUGGCAGGGGAUCUAAUUUGCUCUAUUUGUUUCAACCCUAACAGCAUGCCUCUAGUUAAAGCUUUUGCUUUUUGCAGAUGUCUAUCUGACUUCCGAGAUAACAGAGUAACAUUGUAUAGUUAUUUUUCACUUACAAGUUACAACUAUUUUUUCUUCUUUUUGACAAGGGAUAAUGUUGCACAACGCAUUGUAGCAUGCAUAUCAUUGUUCCGACUAUCAUGUAUCUGGUUCUCUUUGACAGAUAAUCUUUUAUGGUAAUCAAGCUUGAAGAAACCUUUUUACUUUA